CGGGGCCGCCGCCAUUUUGUCCUGCGGUGGCUGGGUAUUUAGAGCGCGUCGCCAGCGCAGUGGCGGAGCAGCAGCCGCCCAAAGAGGAGGAAGGAGCCCGCCCGGUUGCCGGCCCGCCACCCCCGCGAAAAGGCCGCCCCCGCCUCGCCAUCUUGCAGCCGAAGCCGCCUGCCUCUUCCCCCGAGGCUCGUUCAGGGAGGAAAGGAGUCGAAGGAGCAGAAGCGGCGGCCGAGGAAUAAAGUGGUGCCGCCGCCGCCGCCGCCCGUCCUUCUCCCAGCGUCGCCGCCGCCCUCCUCCUCCUCCUCCUCCCCCCGCAGCUCGGCUCAGCCAUGUCGAGUGAUCAGCCUCCGGAGUACUCCGCCUUCUUCGCCGUCAUGGGCGCCUCGGCUGCCAUGGUCUUCAGCGCCUUGGGAGCGGCAUAUGGCACAGCAAAGAGUGGCACAGGUAUUGCAGCCAUGUCUGUCAUGAGGCCAGAGCUGAUCAUGAAGUCCAUCAUCCCUGUCGUCAUGGCAGGUAUUAUAGCAAUCUAUGGCCUGGUAGUGGCAGUCCUUAUCGCCAACGCCAUCGAUGCAGGGAUCACGCUAUACAAGAGCUUCCUUCAGCUGGGUGCUGGUCUGAGUGUCGGCCUCAGCGGUCUGGCUGCUGGCUUUGCCAUCGGCAUUGUGGGCGAUGCAGGCGUUCGGGGGACAGCACAGCAGCCUAGGUUAUUUGUGGGCAUGAUCCUGAUCUUGAUCUUUGCUGAAGUCUUGGGUCUCUAUGGCCUCAUUGUUGCCCUUAUCCUUUCCACAAAGUAAAAAAAAAAGAGGGGAAAAAUAAUCGCCACAGAGUCUGAUGGAAAAACAAAAAAACAAAACAAGCUCCAGAAUGAAAAUGGUCUCUCCACAAAUGUGUACAGUUGUCAUCAGUUUGGUAGUUGAUCUCUUGUAAAUGCGCAAUGUAUGUUAGUGACUCGUCUGUCCUGUGUGUCCUUCAAUAUUAAAAACUGGAUGAGCUGCCUCAAGCCCUCUUCCAAGGCUUGAGGCAAGCUUGUGUGCAACUUUCCAUCCAUUUUGCCAUUAGAGUACUUUAUGUAUAAAUAUGAACUAGAAUGGUAACUUUUUUCUCUUCACUGGAUGUUAAUUUAUAAGACUUGACAUAUGUUCAUACAUCCAUCCACCCAUCAUGGAGCAAGAGUCUUCAAUUUCCCAUGCUAUAUAUAUAUUCUCAUAUAUAGGUAGGUAAAUACACUGUGGGGUUAAAUUGUAAGUGCAGAGAAAUCCUUGGAUGUAACUUGAUUCUCAAGAUUGCUGUCGUGUCCUGGUAUUGGGGUGUGAGACCGUUUUGUGUUUAUACAAAUAACAGCAAAAUGUCUGAGACACUCCUGUGUUCCCAGUAGUACAAAAAAAAAAAUGUACGCUCCGGCAUCAAAGUUGUGCACCCAGUGUUGGGUUUCGCAGUUAUACGUUUCCAGAUAAUAAAAAUUCCUCCACUA